AUGACGGGAGGGGCCCUACUGGCUUUGGCUCUGGCCACCGCCCCAGUCCAUUAUGACCUCCCUGGCCACGUCCAGGCCUUUGUGACAGGUGCCCCUGAGGCACCUGUGAGCCGUGACACCCAGAAGGCCCUCAGAGCUGGGACCCCGGCCCUGUCCAGGGCACCACCCUCCCAGCUCCCCAGUGCACCCCUGGGUCCCGCAGAGCAGUCCUUCCUGCAGUUGGAGCAGGAGAACCAGAGUCUGAAAAGGCAGAACCAGGACCUGCGGGAGCAGCUGGGGGCCCUCCUGGGGCCCGGGCAGCAGUUCCUGUCCCUGUGCCCAGAGCACUCGAGCUGCACGGCCCUGGCCUGGCCCCCUGAGCAGGCUGGAGCCCGGCCCCUGGAGGACAGGGCCCCUCUGCAGCUGCUGCGGCAGGAGCUGUGCCGGGGAGAAGAGUCAUUUAUGCAGCAGUCCCAGGUGGGCCCCGGGCUGCCGAACGAGCUGCAGCAGAUCCGACUGUCCUUUGAGAGGAAGAAGAUGGCCAUUACCGAGGUGCCUGCCUACAGGGUGUGGGAUGGCGUGGCCGAGGUACACAUGGCCCUGAACAACCAGGCCACCGGGCUCCUGAACCUCAAGAAGGACAUCCGGGGUGUUCUUGACCAGAUGGAAGACAUCCAGCUGGAGAUUCUGGGGGAGCAGGCCCAGUGCCGCACCCAGGCGAGGAAGGAGCAGCAGAUGGCCUGCAUAGGGAGCCCCAUCCCCAGGGACUGUCCCAGGCACCCCCGCCCCCUGACCACCGCCGCCCGCAGGCUGCUGGCCCUGAGGCUGCUGCUGGGCACCCUGCUGGCCUGCACCGCUGCCUACGUGUACGUGGUGGACCCUGCGCCAUUCGAGGGGCUGGUGCCGCCCCUGCUGAGCCGCGCCGCCGUCUGGAAGCUCCGGGCCCUGCUAGGCCCAUUCCUACGCCUUGAGGUGGACGACUUCCUGCCCUUCUAGGCCAGAGGCCCAGUGGCCCCAGCGAGGAGGAGGCCAAGUAGCUGGCACUGCCCCGGGUGCCCACCGGCCGCGCCAGACCCUGCCCAUGGCACUGCCACACAUCGUCCCUGCCAGGAGCCCUGGAGAAGGGUGGAGGCGGGGUCUGUCCCGAGGGCUGGGCCUGCAGCUGGACAUAUAGUCAUGACACAUGCAGCCUCCAAGCUUGUUUCCAUGGAAACGGGGGGCGGGGAGCAGCAAGCUUUGCUGCCUUCUGAGGCAGAUCUUGAAGUGGAGGGUCCCUCAGGGCAGCGCCCCUGCCUCUCCCCCCAGCCCCUCCCCGCAUGGGACAGUAGCCUCCUCACAGGAUGCCCCUGUCCACCCCAGGGCCCUGAGUGGUGGGUGUGCAGGCAUGGCUCCCCUGAAAGUGAUGUCCUCAGGCUUCAUGCCUGGAGCCGUCCAAGCAGACAGACCUCAGGGAUCAGGGUCUCAGCCUUGCUCUGCUGACCCAGCAGCCUCAUACCCCUCGCAUGACCCAUGUCCCUUCCCACACCCACCCAGACACCAACCCAUCCCCUGAUCUUGUUCCC